UAAAUAAUUCGAACGAAGUAUACAAAAGCUAUAAACUAUUUUUAAGUAGAUUAAAAUUAAUUGAGGUAAGAAAUUAUAGUUAUAUUAGAUUGAAUUUUGGUUAUAAGAAAAAAAUAACAAAGGAUCGGUAACCAUAUCCUAUUUCUGAUUGGUUCUUCGUCAUUCUUCCUUUUCGCUUUUGCUAAGUUCACUAUAAUAGUCUGUGCUUUUGGAGAAAAAUGGCUGGUAGACAAAACAGUAGAGAAAACAGGAAUUGAAUCGAAUUGAAGGUCGCAAGUGAUUGUCAAACAAACCAUGUUGUAGUUAUUCGAUAGGGUAAUGUUGUUUUUACAUAUCCACAAGUAUAAUUAACAUCUGAAUAGUUAAAAAAAAUUUCAAGAACUCAAUAAGUGAUUAGUAGAUUUCAUCGUGAAAUUGUAAAUGGAUGGUGAUAGUCACGAUUGCGAAGCAACGAAGUUUACGACCUUCGGCAAUUAGUAUGUGUAAUGUGCAAUAGUUCUGUGUUGAAUGCGUCAUAUACAUAAGUGUUACUUGAAUAAAUUGUCAAAAAUUCGUAAGAAAUUAAAGUUCAUCCUUCAAAAUGACAAUUUUAUCGAAGAAGAAAACGAAUGCGUCAAAAGACAGACGUGAGGGAAGUAAUAAUUCGGAAGUCGACGUUCAUGGUGUACAAAAUGAACAUAAUUCUACUUCUAUUGCUCUACCAAACACACCAUAUCAGGUGCGUGGAGCUAAUGGAUUUGCUGUUGAUCUUCAUACCGUACAAGGUGAUCAUGGUUCUGGCCCUAUCGUUCUUACCAGUGGCUCAUAUGAGGCAACAGUAGAUCGGCGAGAAGAAAAGCAUUUUGAAGAUUCUAGUGGACCAAGCCAUGGCAAGCGUCAUCGACAAAGAGCUAGUCCUCAUAGCAGCUGCAUCGGAAGAAGUUCACGUUCCAAGAGAGAACGAGAAAGGGAUAGAGGACGAGAAAGAGAAAGAGAAAGAGACAGGGAAAGGCAAGCAACACCACCUGCAGCUUCAUGUAGUGGUUUACAAGGUUCAGAUGGUGCAGUUAUAAGCAACAAUCGAAUGAGUAUUGUAGGUAGUGCAUCAAAUUUAGAUGAACUUGCAAAUGGUUACAAUAGCGGAGACGAAUAUACAGGACGAACUGGAAAUAAUCUUACGUUAGCAGAAUGGCAAGAGCGUGAUAAAUGGUUUGAAAAACGUAUGCGGAAAAUGGGAUUUAUUGUGAAAAAGAUGGGCGAAGAUGGUGCAUGUUUAUUUAGAGCAGUUGCGGAUCAAGUUUAUGGUGAUCAAGAGAUGCAUGGAAUUGUGCGAAAACAUUGCAUGGAUUAUAUUGCUUCCAAUCAAGAAUUCUUUUCCCAUUUUGUAGCCGAAGAUUUUACUACAUAUGUGGAUAGAAAAAGGCAGGAGUAUGUGCAUGGAAACCAUAUAGAAAUGCAGGCUAUGUCUGAAAUGUAUAACCGUAGUAUACAACUGUUUUGUUAUAGCACUGAACCUAUUAAUAUUUUCCAUACAAUGGUAAAGAGUGACAAUGAACCUAUACGAUUGUCAUAUCAACGUGGGAGUCAUUAUAACAGUAUAGUAGAUCCAUAUAAAGCUACCAUUGGUGUUGGAUUAGGAUUACCAUCAUUCAAUCCUGGUUCUGCCGAUCGUGAGCUUAUAUCAGAUGCAGUUCGGCAAAGUGAAGAGUUACAUAUUGAACAGACAAUGCUUGAAGAUAAAAUAAAAGCUACUGAUUGGGAAGCGACCAAUGAAGCAAUAGAAGAACAAGUUGCUAGAGAAAGUUAUUUACAAUGGUUACGAGAUAAUGAAAUGCGUAAAGCCCGAUCAGCAAGUAGCAGCAGUACAAGUACGGUUACAAGUGCACAGCAUAGCCAUGCACAUUUUCAUUCCCAUGGAAAUCGUGGACAACAACGCAGUCAUACUUCUUCUCCAACUACCACUCAAACUAGCCAAGAUACUAUGCGCAAUUCUCCAAAGGUCCCUGAUACUGUAUGGUAUAAGAGGUCUCCACAGCAUCAAUCUCCUCAAGGUUCUAAUAUAACUCAUCUUCCACCAUCAGAGUUUGAAACAAAGAUAAUGCCACAAGAACCUGUACCAGGAAGUAGUAAGGAAGCACAUACGUCGCCUGAUAUUUCACUGUUCAAUCGUCUUCCUCCGGAAGUAUUUGGUUUGACAGACUGGGAAGAUAGCGAUGUUCUUUCGCAAGUAUUAGCGACAUCACAGCAGGAAUAUUUGGAUACUUUAAAGCAAUCACGUACAUCUGCAAAUGACAUCAUAUCCGAAUCUAAUAAUAGUUAAUUUCUGUAUAAGAGGUUCGUUAUAGAGAAAAAAAAUUUAAAAAUGUCAGAGAAAAGAUAUAUACAUUUAUAUAUCGCAGUAUCAUCUAAUCUCCCAUUAAUGCUAGGGUGUAAGGUGGUUUGCUUUCUUUCGUUCGAGUGUAUUAUAAAAUCGACAUUUUGUCUUCUCUUAUUUUCUCUGUCCAAUUCUUUCGUCGAAUAAUUGUGUUAGUAAAAAGUAUAUACGGUAAACGAUAUAUACGCGUUUUUAUUAAUUAAAAAUAUUAGUCUAAAAGACUUUAACACGAAUCUUUCACAUUAGAUAUAAUUUUCGUUGAAAAACAAACCAAAAAGUAAAAUACAAUCAAAAAUCUUUGCAUUAGCAAAAAAUAUUAAACAAUCGAUUACAGGUAGUUCUCAUUAUUGUCACGGAUGCUUUCUUCAUCCUACAUUAUCGCUAUCAUUGUUCUCUUUGUCAUCGUAAAGCAGACUUUUUAAUGGAUAGAAAAAAAAAAAAUAUUCUUUGAUAAUCGUGACACGUUCUCUUGUUAUAACAUAAUAGGUCAAAAUGCUUCAGAAAAAGUAAUGAUUGCAUUAUUUGUAAGAAAAAAAGUAAAUAAAAAAACUAUUACCUAUAA